GACGAUUUUGCCGCUGCUGUGAAGGUGGGUUCCCCUAUAAUCACCUGAGGGUGAUGAAAGACAUGCCUUUCGCUUCCAACUCCUGAACCCCACCACCAAGCUCCGGUUGAAACUACGUUUGAAAGCCCUCUGAAACCCAUCAACAGCAUCCGAUAGAUACUACAAGAUCUGCUUCUCUCCAUCUUCAUACCAAUACAUGGAUUCAGACAUGGGGGCUGGGAAUGUGGAAGCUUCUGCUGAAACGGGGUCAGUUGCAUUUGAAGAAGAUUCUGUGGUAGAACCAUGUGUCGGUAUGGAGUUUGAUUCUGAAGAUGCUGCUAAAGAAUUCUAUGAUGAAUAUGCAAGACGUGUAGGAUUUAUAAUGCGCAUUGAUCAGUGCCGUCGUUCAGAGGUUGACAAGAGAAUUCUUUCUCGUAGACUUUCAUGUAAUAAGCAGGGGUUUUAUGUUAAAAUUAGAGACCAGUAUGGCCCAGUUAGAAAACCACGACCCAGCACACGUCAAGGGUGCAAAGCAAUGAUGCUGGUAAAGCUAAAUAAGUCUGGGAAAUGGGUUGUAACAAGAUUUGUAAAGGACCAUACCCAUCCACUCGUUGUUUCUAGCCGUCCUUCUCGUAGUUCUAUGGAUAGCAAAGACCGGAGGAUUCAAGAACUGACCAUGGAGGUGGAGCAUCAGGACCAACUAUGUGAACUGUAUCGAGGGCAGCUAAUAACGUUUCUGAAAAACGUCGAGGAGCAAACUGAGGUGCUCUCGACCAAAAUUGAAGUUGCAGUAAACAGCGUGAGAAAAGUUGAGAGCGAAGGUCAGAAGCAUUCUCGUCAUCGAUAGCGCCAGUAGUCAAGAGUCAGAACUGAUGUACAAUAUUGUGACAAUUUGUAUGUAGAAACCGAUCAUUUUCGAUUUUGUUAUACUCCUAGUUAUGCCAACUGAUAUGUAUUUGGAGGACUUCUCCGAUUGUAGAAAGAUUAUCCCGUGCCAUGACUCAUGAUGUUAGAACUGUUAGACGUGUUUUCCAGAAUUUGGAUUUAUAGGCAUUUAAAUUGGUGACAAACUAAUGGGUUGUAAUCUGAUAUGGAUGUGUCACCAGACUGCUCGGUUGAGCUGAUCAGACCGUCUCGACUUUUACCCGGUUUAGUUUA